AUGUCAUUUCUAAAGAUUACAGAUCCCGAGAAAAGGGAUUUAAUCGUAAAAGAGUUUCUCGAACUGAAAAAGAGGCUCCAAAACAGAGAUAUAGAGAGACAGACUGGUGAACGAGAGUUUCAAACAGAUCUCGGUAAAAUAUUCAAGCCUAUAACGGACGUACAAAAAAGUACGGCAAAAGACACAAGAUCUGAUAUUAGACCCAUCAAAGAAAACAUCGGAAUUGAAGAAAAUCACAUUUCCAGCGUUCCAUCUAUAGAGGGGUUUCAACAACAAGAAAAGGAAGAUACUGAUACGAAGUUUAUCGGACCAAUCGCGCGCAAAUAUUUAAGGAAGUUCGCUUCCAAAUCCGAGGCUGAUAGAACGUACGGGCUAUACGAUAAGAACGGCAAUUUUUAUAUAGGCAAUAAGCCCGUCGCCUUUGUAGAUGAUAACAUAGUAGUGGAUGGUGAAGAGUACCAAGGAACACCGGGAUUGUGGGAACUCAUCAUAACCAAGAAUCCAGACGAUCAAAUAUACACCGACCAGGACUACGAAAAUUACGCGAAGAUGAUGAUUGAAUCGAACGCUCUCAAAAAAGGCAACGAUCCAGAGAGUAACAGACCAAAGGCCAGCAAGGGGUUGAAAUGGAAGAAUGUGCUUAGAACCAUUUGGACUAAUAGGGAUUAUUACGAAGGGAGCGGCACAUCAUUGCUAGCGAUCCUAAUGCAUUGCUCGAAAGACUAG